UUGAAGUCAUGCCCCCGAAGGCGACUUCGGGAAGGCUGUCAGUUGCUAGUAAACGUUCACAGCGUCCGUACCCGGCGGCUGACCCGCGACGCGUCCGAGCCGUCUCAUUAAAAACUAUAACGCAUCAUUCUUCCGCGUUUACAAACAAGUGCCAAGUAGAUAUCGAAACAACUGACUCUGUGAUUUUAAUCCAUAAAAGACUUUGAUUUAUUUUAAAUUGUUUUGUUAGUUAUGUGACAAUAAGUUAAAACGGACAAAAUAUUUAAACUUUUUAAUAUAAACAUUUAUCAGUGCAACGACAAGUGAUCACUGUGAGUUGGGCCUUGAGCUGAAGUUAGUUUGGACAGUGUUUGCAUCGCCGGUGUUUACGCCGCGCACGUGGCCGCGCCGCCCGCCCGCGCUUUGCGAUGCCGCGAAAAACUUUCUUGGAAAACACUGCCCUAGUGUAAGUAAGUUGACUCGCCUGGGAGAUAACGCGAUCGCGACCAUGACUUUAACCUGUAGCGCCUGAUUUAUGCAGCGCCGACUACAUGUUCGUGGAAAAGAGGAGUGUUGUGUUUUUAUUUUUUUUUCGUUGGAGGAGACGGUGCUCUCCUCUAGAUUAAUGAUUUAAAUGGCAAACAACAACGCCGUUUCGUCGACAUUGCCGUCGAGAGAUUAUCAUUGUAAAGUCUGCGAUCUCUAUCUGGACACUGUGGACUCUUUGGAAGUGCAUUUACAAUAUCACAAGGAGAACCUGUACGUGAAGUGGGGUACGCAGAAUGCGCAAAAUGAUUCUGAAAAUAAUAAUAGCGCAAAAGUGAAGAACGAGACAACAGUGUCGGCUCCUGCUGAUUCGAGUGACAACAUGAUCACUAAGCCCAGCCCGGAGUUCCAGCACCGGGCGACGCCGGAGACCACGGUGCAGUUCCCGCAUCCGGCGACUCCUCAGAGCUACCACAGUGCACCUUCACCAUAUCAAAACCCUGAUCAAACAAAUUUCUCUCCUGGAGCCCAGUUUGGUAACAAUUUUCCUCAUUCUAAUUUUCCACAAAAUCAACAUCAAGAUCAAAUAAAUUGGGAGCAAUCCCAAUACAACCAAGAUUAUCAUAAAUCAAAUCGCUUCCAUCCAUAUAAUUUACAAGAACGUGUGUCGCAAGUAUCAUCGUCGAGCCCACUGUACGGCCAGCCCUUGAAUCAGCCGACUCCAUCACCUUCGCCAAACCAAUGUGACAAAUGUGGCUUUGUAUGCGAUUCUGCGGUCCAGCUCAACGAGCAUUGUAACUCGGCUCAUGCAGGCGCCAGUGCUCCACCCGCUUCCUCAUCGAUGCCAUUUCAACAAUAUGCGGGAAAACCAUAUAAUAAUUCAGGUUAUCAAAAUGAUACUGUAAAAAUUAAAGAAGAGCAUGAAGAGUCAUCUGACAUAUUAGACCUAGAUUCGCAAAAAGUAGUCUACCAAGGCAAUGAAGGUGAACAACAGCCUGCCACCUAUGAGGAUACGUCAUCUCAAGUUCGUGAAGUGAAUACCAGGACUGUUCCAAUGAUGCCAUGGGAAACACAGAAAAUGUACAGCAAUCCUCAAAUUAACGGAGACGUAUCUUUGUUUAAAGAUCAAAAAAUGUUCUCGGAACAAAAAGUAUAUCCCACAGAGGGGAAAAUGUUUCAUCCUGAUCAAAAAUUUGGAUACACUCAAGAAAAGUUCUUAGUCCAUCAUGAACAAAAACUGUUUAUGCAUGUUGAACAAAAAGUAUAUCCUGGUGUACAGAUGCCACCUCUAACAGAUUACGCUGGGACAGUCGCUUCAAGUAAUUCCGAAAUGAAACCGCCUUAUCGCCCUUAUGAUUCUCCAUCUGCACCUCAAAUAACGAGCACGCAGCCUGCAAAUUCAACAUCAUCAAACCUUCCAUCUAUCGGAGGCAAGGGUGCUAACUGGAAGUCUAACGAAGCAAGAAGGCCAAAAACAUACAACUGCACUGCAUGCAAUAAAUGGUUUACAAGUUCCGGACAUUUGAAAAGGCAUUAUAAUACAACACUGCAUAAGAACGCAGUAAGAUCUUCAGGACAACCAGAUCCAGCUUCGAUGCCAAUUUCAAGUCAUCACCAUCCAAGUCGUGAACCGUUGCAAAGCCGUGCUCAGCAGCAAAACACUGACUCGAACACUCAAAGCCCCAUCCCGUCUGAUGACAGCCGAAGCGUGGACGAGAGUGUCAUGCAUUCGCCCUACGCGUCGCAAAGCUUCGAGCGUUCGCAUCGUGUUGCCGCCAUGCAGUCCAAGUCAUAUACACAUCUUCAACAGGGUAAUUUAGAUAAUAAUUUCAGUACUAAUCAUUUAGCUAAUCACCCUUUACAGCAUCAAGUCGGUUCCCAUCCAAUUAAUAUAGGUAAUCAACCUCCGGGUAUAGGAAUUCAAAAUGACAGUCCUCAAGGUUCUAAAUCUACUUCAAUAACCGGCGCGAAUCCCCCAAACGGGGAAGCAGGUCCCUCUGUUUCUCAAAAUCACCAUAUGAGGGGCCUGCUAUCAGUAUCAACCAGCAAUAUUUCAGCACCAGCUCUAACCCAGAGUACGGCACUUACGGCGCACACGCUUCCACCAUUCAGCCAUUUGGGUGUCAACCCGUACAGUCCGAGGUCUACGGAUCCUUUGGGGCCUUCGGUUCCGGACCCCACGCACACCCCAUUAUAUUUGGGUCAGAAUUUUCAACAGACUAUAGCACCGAGUUACCCAAACGGGAUGGCCCCCCACGUUAUGGAUAUGGCUAUCAACAAUCUGCCUAUAGCCAAUCCGGCUACUUUUGGUGAAUCCACACCUGAAGAAGUCGAAGUUAUGGAACAAGAAACGAAUCAGCCUGCUAAUGGACGUUUGCCGAGCUUUUCGCAACUUCAAACGCAGAGCUUCAGCGUUUAUGUUUCUAACUAUAUUACAUCGCCUAACGUGGGGGGUCAAAUUGUCGCCGACGAAUCUACCGCCGGUUACAUAAUUGUGGAUCCAGUUCAUUCUCCUAUCCAGUACAAUAGUAUUGAUAUCGGUGGACAAACAAUAGAUUAUGAAUACAACUAUUCCCCUAAAACUAUUAAAUCCGAAAACAUCAUUAACUAUAAUCAGGAUAAUGUAAAAAUUUAUCCAUAUGGGUACGCCGUUGGAGGAAAAACUAUAAAACGAGAAGAUGAAGUAUUACGGACUGACUCAAGCGAGCUUCAAAUUUUAAAGAUAGAGGAUAUUAUGGAUUAUGCAAACAAAGAAAACUAUGGAGCUCAGAUGAAGUCUCCAGCGAGUCCAGAAAGCGCUAAAGCUGAAAAUGAGAGCCAUGGAUCACCUUCUAUUUCAUCCACAGUACAAAGCACGCCGCUGACUGAAAGAAAUCAGCUGAAAAAGAUCGCAACAGUUACUGUGCACAAAUGUUUCGAGUGUGAUAAAUUAUUUAACAAAGCUUGUUAUCUUACCCAGCAUAACAAAACUUUCCAUUCGGGUGCUAAGCCCUUUAAAUGUGAUCGAUGUGGUAAGCGUUUCUCUGAUGAUGUUUCGUACGAGGGUCACUAUUUAAAACACGCAGACAAUAAACCGUUUAAAUGUAGCGAGUGCCCUAAGUCUUUUAAUCAUAAAACAGAUUUACGCCGACACAUGUGCUUGCACUCAGGAUGCAAACCAUUUGCAUGCGAUCACUGUGGCAAAGGAUUUAUAAGGAAAGAUCACAUGGUAAAGCAUUUUGAUACCCAUAUGAAAAAAAACUUACGUUCGUCAUCUUCUUCGGUUUCAUCUUCAUCACCCUCCUCUUCUACAUAAAAUAUGAGGUGUGUUAUUUUAGACGAGUUUUGUACACAAAUAAUUAUUAUUAGCAUUGUCAGAUAAAAAACUUGUGCAUAUUUGUUUGAAAGUAGGUAUGUAUUUAUAUAGUUAAUAACGUUGAAACACAACGUUUUGUUAUAGAUCUGUUAUGUCCUUUUAGCGCAGCCGCGGAGCGACUCCGACGCAUGCAUUUAGUCCGCGAGCUACGAUUUUUUGUUGUUCAUUCAAUCUAACCUUGCGUUCGGUGCAAGGUGACUUUACAUGUCUGGGUGUCUGGGCGCUAAACAUGUAAUUACAUGACGUCGGAGUGUUAUUCCGCAAUAAUUUAUAGACCGAUCCAUAUCAUUUUUACAUAUGAUAUAAUUACUAUUAUAUUAUAGUAUUAGUUAGAUAAAAAAUAUCAAGUGAUUUAUGACAAAUGUAGGUGAUUGAAAUGGUUGUCUUUUUCGACAUUUAACCAGUACAUAUCUUUUUAUGGUAGAUUACGGACCGAAAAAUAUUUUAGUUAAAAAGCUAUGUUUUAAUUAUUACUAUUGUUGACUUUACAUCUGUGAAGGAUGUGAGUAUUGUAGUAUAUUUUUUCGUGUAUAACUUAAUAUGGGACUUGAUGCCAGACCAGCUUAUCUUUUUACUGUCGAAAGAAGUUUAUAAUUUGUUUGUUUUCAAAUAGUUAUAAUUUUGGUGCAAAAAGACAAAAAAAUAGAGAAAUAAAUUAGUCAAUGAUCAUAACGAAGUUCAGGUGUGUUAAUCAAUUGGCGGCAGAAAUACUUAACUAAAUCAGUAGCUAGAUGUUGAACAUGAUUAUAAUAGGAUGGAAGUUGAUAGCAAAACUAUAGUAACUGUUUUUGUGUUUUAAGAAAUUGUGUUAUAUUGCGUGAAAACACCUCAUGAUAAUGUGCCAUUGCGUUUCGUUUGGACAUAGAAAGUGCGUCAUUACACAACGCGUAGUAUUUAUAAGUGUCGUUUUAAAUGUCGUUUUUGUUUUAAAUUCUGCUAUUAGUUAUUUCUUAUAUUAAUAUUUUGCCGGUGCUUCCUAUAUUAUUAUUUUGUCUGUUGACAUUUGUUUUAAUGAUAAGAUAGUUGACGAAAUUCGGAUUUUUUCUUGAAAUUUAAAACUAAUUUAUGUCCAACUUAAGUUACCAAUAUUGUAUUUGAACGAAUUUAGUUUAAACAUUCCUGUUUCGUUAGUGGUAGGAAAGUAGUCUUCCUGAACGUUGCCAAAUUAACUCCGCCAACUGUCUGUUGCGAAACAAUUUAACUUUAAUGAUUUUUAGCCUAAUAAUGAAAUUCUCUAGCAAUAAUUUUAAUAAUGUAAAUGUUUUUGUAUAGUAAUAAAAUAUCAUGUUUAUUAAAUCACUUAGGUACUGAACGUAAACAAAGGGAGACAUUAUUGACUUUGUACAUAUUUGUAUGGAGGUGUAGAUGGACUCGCUUUACGAAAAUGUGAAAUGAAGACCUUAGUAGUGUGCAGGCGCUUUAAAAUGUUCAUCUCGUUUUUAUUAUAACACUUUUGGUUGACCGCGUUAUGACAGGAGUCGGGGCUCCUGUGUCAGAUAUCAUAAAACACGACUUGUCCGUUAACAGUGAAUAUCGCGUAUUCAGCCCUUAUUCACAUAUAGCUCAUUUGCUCUAAAUAACUAGCUAAAUAUUUUAUUGCGCCUCGCCUUAUAUUGAAGCUCGUAACCAUAUCUGUAGUCUAUUCCAUUGGCUAAGUGUCCACUGGCAAAAAACUUGCAGAAGUCACCUGUUAUUGUCCAAUCAACGUCAGUCUACCUACAAAUCUUGCAGAAGUUAACUUGCUGCGUGUGUAAGUAACGUGCAAGUGACUUGCAUGAGCUAACUUUUGCAAGUUUUAUUGCUAGUGAACAACUUAGCUUUAGAAAAGAAUAUUCAUUGGAAAUAUAAUAUGUGCAAUAUAUGAACAUUGUAUCUAAUUAAUUUUGAUAAUGUUUGUAUUUGACUGUUGAUUAUAUUGCAGAAGUAUUUUUAUACAAAUAGAAUUACACUAACAAUGCCUAUCUACCUCAUCAGUGACUAUAACUAUUUAAUGAAUUAUUAUCAAACGAACUCAAAAAUUCUGAAUUAAAUAGAAUGGAAGAUUUAUAUGUAACGCAUUUAUUAUAUAAAUAUUUACACAAUUUUAAUAGAUAUUAACAAUCAUAUUUCGAAACUUGAACAUCUUUGUUAGCAAGUUGUAUGUACACCUGUUAACUGAAAGCGUGUGUUCGUAUGCAAAAUAUUGUUGAGUAUCAAUCUCACCAUUCAAUUCCUUGAAUCAUUAAUUUAUGCAUAUUUUUGUGUGUAAAAAAUAUUUCUCAUUUGUUUUGCCAUUUCCAUAUUAAGUAUGUGUGUAAAUAAUUGGAUACGGAUACAUGCGUAUGAAAACAAUAUAGUUUAUAGCAAAAUGUCUAAAAUUAAUAUCAUCAGAAUACAAAGUUUAAUUCAUAAUUUUACUAUAGUGUUGGGAAAUUUUUUGUAAAACAGAAAUAUUUUCACGUAGCAAUAAUAGUGAAACAAUAUGGAACUUAACUACCUCAUUUAACGAGUAAUAGGGUUAGAACGUGUUGUGAGGGUGAAGGUAGCGGGGCGGCGUGGCGUCGGAGUGUGCCAAACCGAAUACCUCAUCUCAUCUUGCCUUCAAUGUACCUAACUAGUGGAUCCUUUGUUUCCUGCAAGCGCCGUCGAUGCCCCGUAGACUCGCAACCUAACGCCCGACAUCAGAUGUAUUUUAGCAGACUUAUUUGUCUCUCUUGUACUGUUUAAAAUGAGCACUAGUAGUAACGAUUAGAGAUAAACUAAUGUAAAUAUUAAACGGUAAAUUUGUUAUUUAUCAUAUUCUAUUAUUGUAUUCAUCGAUACACUUAUUUUGAAAUAAUUUCGUAGUGAUUUCAAGUUUAUAAAAUAGUUUAUAAGGAUGAUAAACUAAGAUUCCGUGUUUACGUUGUGUAUAAUAUUAAUUUAAUUAUUAUCAGUUACCAGAUAAUUUCUGUUACAUUCAGUUGAGUAAAAUUGGAGAGGAUAAAUACCAUAACAUGUUGUUUUUUUUAAUAUUAUCCCCUCCUCGUAGGUUGGAUACGUUUGUAGCGGAAACGCAGACAGGUGCGUUUAAUGGGUUUUUAACUAUAUUUGUUUACUAUUAAGCGUAGUGCGAAAUUGAAACUGUUUCUAGGUGAUGCCGAAAUGACGUCAUUGGCUUCUAACAUAAAUCUUACCUAACACAAAGUGAUCUGAAAUAAUACUAAAUAAGUUUGCUUAGCACGAACUGCGCGAGCAGCAAUAUUUGUCUUUGAGGUCACUCUGGUGUUGCCUAGGAUCUUUCUAGAUUAAGUCUCGAUAAUAGAUUAUCCUAGUAAUAGGUGGCAGAUCUGUCACACCGCCACUGCGAAAAUCAUUUUCUCGUGCUAUGCGUUGAUAUGAUCAUAUGGGUGAUGACUGAUGCAGUAAGAACUACUGAAUAAACUGACUUAAUUUACUAUUUACUCAUAUGAACAUAUCGCUAACUCACCACAGCUGGGCGAUAUUUAUUUAAUGAUAAAAUUUUGCCAAAAUACGUUCUGUUUUAAUUUAAAAGUUGUUUUAUUCAUUAUUCUGUUGGCAAAAUUUUGGCUUUAAUAUGUCUAGUACGCAAAUCAAAUUAAUAAUCCUUAAAAUUGACAUAUUAUUUUAGUCAAGACUCAAUCAAUUAUUUUAAUAUUGUACGUAUUUGUUUACACAUACCACUGCAAUAGCAGUUCUCCUGUCUCAGGUCUGUCAGUAAAUAUAUAAGUUUAA